AUGUUUGGUUUCUUGGAAAAGAUGUUGCUAAGAUUCUCGGAUAUCAAGACACUAAUCAAGCAAUUAGAAAACAUGUUGAGGAAGAGGAUAAAUAUAAAGGGGCCGUCAAAACGACGGGGGGGUUUACAACAAUCAUUUUACAUAAAUGAAUCUGGUUUUUACUCACUUUUACUAUCAUCUAAAUUAGAAUCAGCUAAAAAGUUUAAACAUUGGAUUACAUCACAAGUUCUUCCAUCUAUAAGAAAAUAUGGAAUUUAUAAAAUGUUUGACAACCCAAAUAACAAAAUGUUCAAAAUAGAAAAUGAGACAGAUCUUCAUUACAAAGUUGUUCAACUAAUUAGAAAUUAUUAUCCUGAAUCUAUAUUAGUAGCUGGACUGGGAGAAAAUCAAGAUACAGAGGAAAAGAGACUAGAUUCUUAUAAGAAAGGUUUUCAACGCGGGCAACCAGAUAUAAUGAUACUAGAUUAUCACAAGGACUACAAAGGUUUGUGUAUUGAAUUCAAAUCACCCACAAACUACUAUUGUAUAACAGAAUCUCAGCUAAAGACUAAAGAGAAAUAUAAAGCUAAUGAUUUUGCACAUAUUCUAAGUAAUGAUUAUGAUUAUAUUAGUAAGAAAUUACAUAAAUAUAUG